AUGGCGCCCAAGAAGAAGGGAAAUAAGAGGCAAGAGGAGGACUGGGAAGCUGAGCUCGGAGAGUCUGCCCCUGCUGCCGGUGGCGAGGCCGAAGCUCCCGCUGCUGAAGAAGGUGCUCCUGCCGACGAGGAUGCUGGCAUGGGCGGUGGCGGUUUGCUCGCCGCUUUGAGGAAGAACAAGAACAAGAAGGCGAAGAAGGGAAAGCCGGUCAAUGACUUCGUUGAGGGUGAGGAUGCCACUCAGGAGGCCAACGGCGAUGCCGAUUUCGCUAGCAAGCAGCCUGAGGAGGGUACCUUCGAUGAAGACGAUGUGUUCGCCGGAAAGGCUAAGCCUAAGAAGGCUGCUGCUGCGCCUGAGCCCAAGCCCGCUGAGGAGGAGGAGGGUGGCUUCCGUGUGAAGUCCAAGAAGGAGAAGGAGAGGGAGAAGAAGGAGCGUGAGAAGCAGCGUAAGAGGGAGCAGGCUGCCAAGAAGAAGACCGCUGCCCCCGCUGAGAAGGCUCAGCCCGCUAAAGCCGAGCCUGAGAAGAAGGCAGAGGCGGCCCCCGCCCCCGCUGCUGCCCCCGUUCCGGAAACCGGCGGCAAGAAGAAGAAGAUCCCUGCACACCUGCUUGCUAUCCAGAAGCAACAGGAGGCUCUCCGCCAGCAGCGUGAAGAGGAGGAGCGCCUGUUAGCCGAGGCGCAAGCCGCUGAGGAGGAGAGACGUCGUAUUGAAGAGGAAGAGGAGAAGAAGCGGGAAGAGGCCCGCCAAAGGAAGAAGGAGAAGGAGAAGGAGAAGAAGGAGCAGCUUCGUAAGGAGGGUAAGCUGCUCACCAAGGCCCAGAGGGAAGCCAAGGAGCGCAAUGAGCGGCGCAUGCAGCAGAUGCUUGCGGCUGGUGUUGGUAAGGUUGCUGGUCUGGAAGAGGGCCAGGCCGAGAAGAAGCGCCCUGUUUACGAGAACCGGAAGAAGCGUGGACCCAAGAAGCAGGAGGAUGACCUGGAGGCUGCUGCUGCCCGCGCCAAGGCCCAGCGUGAAGCUGAAGAGGAACGCAGAAGAAAGGAGGAGGAAGAGAAGAAGGCCAAGGCCGAGGCUGAGGCUGCUGCUGCCGCUGGCGGAGAAGAGAGCGAGCUCGAUGACUGGGAGAAGGCUGCUGAUGCCGAGGAAGUGAAGGACAGCUGGGAUGCUCCUAGCGACGAGGAAGAGGAGAAGCCCGCCACCAAUGGCAAGGCUGCCGAGAAGCCUGCCUCCAAGGAGGAUGAGGAAGACGAGAGUGAGGAUGAUUCCGAUGAGACCUCUGACGAGGACUCUGAGGACGAGGAGCAGUCCGCGGCACAGAAGGCUAUUGCUCAGCGCAAGGCCGAGGCCGCCGAGCGGAGAAAGAAGCAGCACGAGGAGGCUAUGGCCGCGCGCUCCAAGGACAACCUCCGUUCUCCUAUCUGCUGUAUUCUGGGUCACGUCGAUACUGGUAAGACCAAGUUGCUGGAUAAGAUUCGUCAGACAAACGUCCAGGAAGGUGAAGCUGGUGGUAUUACGCAGCAGAUCGGUGCCACUUACUUCCCUGUUGAUGCUCUGCGUCAGAAGACUGCCGUGGUGAACAAAGACGGCCAGUUUGAGUUCAAGAUCCCUGGUCUGCUCAUCAUCGAUACCCCUGGUCACGAGUCCUUCUCCAACUUGCGUUCGAGAGGUUCCUCCCUUUGUAACAUCGCCAUCCUGGUUGUCGAUAUCAUGCACGGUCUUGAGCCCCAGACUCUUGAGUCCAUGAGGCUGCUCCGUGAUCGCCGCACUCCUUUCAUCGUCGCCCUCAACAAGAUUGAUCGUCUGUACGGCUGGAAGAAGAUCGACAACAACGGCUUCCAAGAGAGUUUGGCCUUGCAGAACAAGGGCGUUCAGAACGAAUUCCGCACCCGUUUGGAGCGCACUAAGCUCUUGUUCGCCGAACAGGGUUUUAACUCGGAGCUGUUCUACGAGAACAAGUCCAUGGCCCGCAACGUUUCUCUCGUGCCCACCUCCGCCCACACUGGUGAAGGUAUCCCUGACAUGCUCAAGCUGUUGACCACUCUUACCCAGGAGCGUAUGACCAACUCCCUGAUGUACCUGUCCGAGGUUGAGUGUACUGUGCUUGAGGUGAAGGUCAUUGAGGGUCUCGGUACUACCAUUGACGUAGUCCUGUCGAACGGUAUCCUCCGCGAGGGUGAUCGAAUCGUUUUGUGCGGUCUAAACGGUCCUAUAUCUACGAAUAUUCGAGCGUUGUUGACACCGGCUCCUCUCAAGGAACUGCGUCUUAAGUCGCAGUACGUGCACAACAAGGAGGUCAAGGCUGCCCUUGGUGUUAAGAUUGCCGCCAACGACCUUGAGCAGGCCAUUGCCGGUUCUCGUUUGAUGGUUGUCGGACCUGAUGACGACGAGGAGGACAUUGAGGAAGAGGUCAUGUCCGAUCUGGAGAACCUGCUUAGCAAGGUCUCUAGGGACCAGCGUGGUGUCAGCGUGCAGGCCUCCACUCUCGGAUCUCUGGAGGCUCUGCUCGAGUUCCUUCGUGUCUCCAAGAUUCCCGUCGCCAACAUUUCUAUCGGUCCUGUGUACAAGCGUGAUGUCAUGAUGGCCGGUACCAUGUUGGAGAAGGCCAAGGAGUACGCCGUUAUGCUGUGUUUCGAUGUCAAGGUGGACAAGGAAGCAGCUGCCUAUGCCGAUGAAGUCGGUGUCAAGAUUUUCACUGCCGACAUCAUCUACCACCUGUUCGAUGACUUCACCAAGCACAUGGCUGAGCUGACGGAGCGCCGCAAGGAAGAGAGCAAGAUGCUUGCUGUCUUCCCCUGCGUACUCAAGACCGUGGCUGUGUUCAACAAGAAGGACCCCAUCGUCAUCGGUGUUGAUGUUGCGGAAGGAAGUCUGCGUCUGCACACUCCUGUUGCGGCAGUCAAGGCCAACCCGGAGACUGGCGCUAAGGAAAUCAUCGACCUUGGCAGAGUUGUCUCUAUCGAACGUGAUCACAAGCCCAUCCAGGUCUGCAAGAGGGGUCAACCCUCCGUGGCCGUCAAGAUCGAGGGAAGCAACCAGCCCAUGUACGGCCGUCAGCUCGAAGACAAGGACACCCUGUACUCGCACAUCUCCCGUGCCAGUAUCGACACCCUCAAGGAGUUCUACCGCUCCGAUGUCUCGAUGGAGGAGUGGGGUCUCGUCAAGAAGCUCAAGCCUGUCUUUGACAUCCCAUGA